GGGUUUAGCGCAUCCAGAAAGGUUUUUUUAGGAGUCGAUAGCUACUGUGCUGGUCGGUUUGUACGAGUGGAGUUCUCGAUAACGUUCCAGAAUGUUUGUAGUUCUGCUCACUGCGGCUUUGGCCGCUGUGGCCGUCAACGCUAAGGAGAUUCCAACGUUUCCGACCAAUUACAUCGCAGCAGGCACGAUCGAGCUGCCCUAUGCAGAGAUUGUUGAGCCAUACGAGGCAUUCGUGGAUGGCCAGAAUGAUAGAAGCAGAAUGGACACGUAUGGAGGCCUAGCGUCAGUAUUCCAGCUGGGGAAAUCUGGAGAUUAUGGUACGAUGCUGAAGGUGGUGUACGAAACUACGGAGAAGGUCCUGAACAAACGCGCUUGCUUUCAAACGAACGGUACCUCCGAUGGAGCUGUUCAUCUACAAUCAGUUUUUCCAGGAAAUCCUGAAAAGUACGAGUAUAUGCGUACAGAAUCGUGCGGCAUUGGCGGUAUCGAAUCUUGUGACAUGUUCCGCUAUGAAUUUACGAACGGUAUGAAGACAAACAAGUACACGUUCACCGUGUUGACUGAGGGCAUCCACGCCAUCCCAAUCUCUUUCCAUUUCAUUGGCUACGAUGAGCUGUUUGGAUCCCACUACGACGAAUAUCUCGUCACUUACACAAAAUUCGCCAUUGUAGGGGAAUUCCCCGAGGGAACAUUUGAACCAGAGGUCAAGGAAUGCACUGGAUACCCCGGCCCAGGUGUCACGCAGCCAUGCAGCAUUUUCAACCGCCUGCACAGAAUGGCUGAGCACGAAAAUGACGAAAUUGAGUCCUCGUUCAAGGAAUUCAAGGACACACAUGGCAAGAAGUACUCCAGCGACAAGGAGCACUUUGAACGCUCUCGCAUCUACCGUGCCAACCAUCACUACGUCGAGUCAAUGAACCGUCGCAAGUUGACUUAUCGCAUGAAGCUGAACCACCUCGCUGACUUGACUCCGGUUGAGCGCAAGAUGAUGCGUGGCCUGAAGCGCAGCGCUGAGAGUAUCUCUCCACCCGGUGCACAGGAAUUCCAGCCAGCCGAUGCCAGUGUGACUAUUCCGGAGACUCACGACUGGAGAAUCUUCGGCGCUGUCACCCCGGUGAAGGACCAAGCCAUCUGCGGAUCAUGCUGGUCAUUCAGUACCACCGGUGUCAUUGAGGGCGCAUAUUUCCUCAAGCAUGGCAAGCCUAUUCUACUCAGCCAACAGAAUAUGAUGGAUUGCACGUGGGGUGAAGGCAACAAUGCUUGUGACGGUGGUGAGCAGUUCCGUGCCUACGACUGGAUCAUCAAGCAUGGUGGAAUCGCUACAGCGGAAAGCUACGGCCCAUACUUGAUGCAAGACGGCAAGUGUCACUUCAGCAAUGCCACGGUGGGCACUACAAUCACUGGAUAUGUCCAUACUAAGCCGUUCAACCAAACUGACCUGUUGAUGGCUCUGCUUGAGCAGCCAAUCGCGGUGAACAUUGACGCAUCUCAUGACUCAUUUGGCUUCUACUCCAGCGGUGUGUACUAUGAGCCUAAGUGUGGCGACCAGCCCGAUGACCUGGACCACGCAGUCUUGGCGGUGGGUUAUGGCACCCUGGACGGUGAGGACUACUGGAUCGUCAAGAACUCCUGGUCCGUGCACUGGGGAAACGUUGGCUUCAUUCUGAUGAGCCGCAAGGACAACAACUGCGGUGUGGCGACUGACCCAUCUUUCGCCAAGCUGUAGACUGCUCAACUUCAUCAUUCCAUUUCUCCUAUACCAGUUUGAGUUGCUAGUAUUUGGCGGCAAUGUUUUCGAUAUAACCAGCUUCUUGCUUCUAAUUUGCAUUGUAUGUGCGCAAGCUGAGUUGACAGCUCGCGUUUCUAAAUGCGCCGUAAGUUUGGAGUAUCGCAUCGAUAAUCCUCUCCUGUUUUUCUACUCACAUUACCUUGCUUUCUGUUCGAAUGCGUAUCAUGGGCCUUG